AUCAGUCACGCAUAACAAAAUGAAAAAAUACAAAAAAAUAAUCACCUACAAUUCAAUAACACAGUAGGACUGCUACUAUAAUAUGUUUUCGCAUUAGGGUUGGUUUAUCUGUUAUCGCAGGUGGCAAGCUAUAUAGGUAGCGACCAUAGCGAGAUCACCUUCACACCAACUGAAGGAAUGAAUGCCUUGGAGACAGUUAUUUACACUCUUGAAACUUAUGACCCUUUGACAAUUCGGAUUGCCGUUCCAUUGUACUUGUUAUGUGGUUACAUAAGUGGAAACACCGACAAUGUAUUAAUCAUGACGGGAGAGGGCGCUGAUGAGCUAGCGCAAGGAUAUUUGUAUUUCCACAAGCAACCUACAGCAAAGGAUGGGGACAUAGAAAGCAGACGUCAGUUGAUGCAGUUGUAUCUGUAUGAUGUAUUGCGUAUAGAUCGUUGUACUGCUGCACACGGAUUGGAAAUACGAGCCCCGUUUCUAGACCAUGCAUUUACUUCAUAUUACUUAUCAUUGCCAGCAGACCUGAGGGCACCUAAGAACGGCAUUGAAAAGCAUUUGAUUCGGGCCGCGUUUGAGGGAACCAACUUGAUACCUGCUAAUAUUUUAUGGAGGCAAAAAGUUGGCUUUAGUGACGGAGUAGCAACGUUAGCAAGGCCGUGGUAUCAUUUUUUACAAGAAGACAUAUCUAAACAGGUUAGCGACGAGUGUUUAGCCGAUGCAAGCACAACGUAUCCACACAAUACACCAAGGUCGAAAGAAGAGUUUUACUACAGGCAGAUUUUCGAGAACAAAUUUGGUUCCCAUUUUUCUUAUCUUACGCAAUAUCAGCGGAAACCGAACUGGGCUUCCAAAGUUAAGAAAUAACCAUAGUAGACAAGAUGUCGGCAUUUUUAUUUUCUAAUUCAUAUAGUAGGGUGGGAAAAAUAGGAUAACUUUAGCACACAAUAUCUAAAUAUACUGAUUGUGUUUUAAAUAAUUUAGAACGGUCUGUAGGAGUCGUGAAAUAACAAUUCUAUAAUGCUUUGAUUUUUCUUUGUUUACUACUAAAUAAAAAUUGAAAUACGCGUUAUAUUAUAGGUAUACAAAUGUUUUUUUCCAGCUUUUAACCGAUAAUUUAUAGUAUUACGUUUUCAAUUGUUCAUCCCCUCAAGUUUUGCAUAUUAGGAAGUAAGAUAACCAAGUGUUUGUUCUCUAUUCUCAUCCCCUUCAGUAGUAAAAAUAUAGAAUUAUAUAACCAUAUUCUCCCGACUCUAAAAGAUCGCUUCAAUUGUUAAAAAAACGGUGUGAAAACGUACAAUAUUAUGUGCUAAAGAUAUCCACAAUACCCCAACUAAUAUUUGUACUGAAAAUCGCAUGUGCGGACACGACAUUUAUAUAUAGCCACCAUAUAUAUUAUAAUGCAAUUCACAAUACGUUUAAAUACACGCAAGCAUAUUAUAAUAAUAUUUAUUUUUUCAUUUUCGUGACAGUAUUAAUUUUACGCUAAAUUUUACACAUUUGUAUUCGUUUAUGAGGCUUUUUUAUGACUGUGUUCUUUCAACAAAAUUUUAAAAAUCUGAAAUCUUUUAUAACUAAACUAUAUUAUUUACCCAACUGUGACAUUUCUGUAAUUAAAACUAACCAGCUGUGAUUAAUCGUUUUGCUACUCUGGCUUCUUUCGGUAUAGAUUAGUUCUACUUAGGCGAUGCCUAUUACCACGAAAAAACGAGCAAAAAGUAA